AUGCCAAAAGUUGUUUCUCGCAGUAUUGUGUGCUCCGAUACAAAGGAUCAGGAGGAGUACAGUGAAGAGAAACCCCUCAACAUCUACUACUGUCUAUGCAAUAAGAUGGCUUUGAUUUUGGAUUGCAGCCUGGAUCAAUUGCCGCUACGAGAAGUAGACAAUGCCCGUGUAAUAAAUGCCAACGAGCACGCCAACAAGUUGACCUACAAUCCAACUCCAAAAAUGCUCUACAUACGCCGCAAGGGCAGGGGAAACGCCAUAGAGAAACAGUACCGGUAUAAGUGCCGCAGCUGCGAUCUUCCACUUUACUACCGCCACAAUCCGGACUCCCAUGUCACCUUCGUGAUGUUCAAUGCAUUGGUUAGCGCCAAGAAUGAGCAGCCAUUGGCCCAACUUCUGGGAACAGAAGCAAAGAACAGGGCGAAACUUUCGACUGCUGCCCCAGCGCAGAGUGCGUCGUCUGCCGCAGGUGAGGAUUCCGGUAUAGUCGAUGCCAGUGGAAAGAAAGUCAUGGUCACGCGGCACACAAAGAAUAUGGGCAAGUUCAGCUCGGUGACGGUGUCCACCAUAGACGAAGAGGAGGACGAAAUUGAAGCGCGCGAGAUUGCCGAUAGUUAUGCCAAUAAUGCGCGCAUCAUUGAGAAGCAGCUGCAACGCAAAGGCGGGAAACUAAGCGACGUCGGUGUCAGAGGAAAGACGGAGGACGCGCCUCCACCGCAGAAAAAACAGCGCGGUACUCUGCUGGAGAGAUAGCUACAUAUUUUUAUAAAAUAUCUCUGUAAUAUGCAUACGUAUGGUAUAGAAGAGAUUAUGCUGAUAAGAGACCCUAAGUAAAUAAAACUGCGACAUUUCCUUAAGUCC